UCAAUCAAUGUCCUUAGGUCCUCCCUGCUUAUAAUCAUACCAAGAUAUUUUGAGGUUUUGAUAAUAACUGUGAAAAUUCAGGGUUCAAGAUUCAAAAACCAUGAUAACAGGAAAUGAAAUGGAAGUGGAUCAUCCAGUGAAAGUUGAAGAUAUUUGCUUUACCAAAUCAAGACACGCUCGUAGAAAAAGAUUAGAGAUCAACCGGUUGAAGUCAACAUACCCUUCUGAUGAUCAUGAUCAUGUUGAAGAUACAACAAGUUGUGGGAUGGGAAUGAUGAAGAGAAAUAUGAAGAUGAAACUUGGGUUUUGUGGUGGUAUUAAUUACAACAAGGUAGUACCAGCUUGUGAUGGAAAUAUUAUUGAUCAAACAACACAAACCGAUCAUCAUGAUCAUGAUAAGAGGGAUGGAUUGUGCUUGCCGUCGAUUUCAUUACUUGGAGCAUCAAAAAACGAUGUACCAAGAAAACCAAUGGUUGGGAUGUUAGUAAAUACAGUCGGUGGUAGUGAUGAUUUUGGAAGAGAUGGUUUGAGGUGCAACUCCCAUGGUUCUGUAUCUGUAUGUGGUAGAAGAAGAGAGAUGGAAGAUACUGUUACUAUAAUACCAGGAUUAGUAUCUUCGUUAAAUAUUAACCGUCAGUUUAAUCAUGAUUGUGGAUUUAACGUUGAUGAUGGGGAUAUGGAAAUGAAAUACGAUUUUUAUGCGGUGUAUGAUGGACAUGGUGGAUCCGGAGUAGCUAACGUAUGUAGAGAUCAGUUACACAGAGUACUUGUGAAUGAGAUUGAAUCAUGUGAUGGUGAUGAGAUUGAUUGGGAGAAUGUUAUGGUGAGUUGCUUCAUGAAGAUGGAUGAUGCAGUUAGUGGAGAAGGAGUUGAAAAUGAAGAGAUCAAAUCAAUAGGAUCGACGGCUGUGGUUUCUUUGAUUAGUACUGAUCAGAUUAUUGUUGCCAAUUGUGGUGAUUCAAGGGCUGUGUUGUCUCGUGGUGGUACAGCUAUUCCUCUGUCCCAGGAUCACAGGCCUGACAGGACUGAUGAGAUGGAGAGAGUAGAAGCAGCCGGAGGAAGGGUUAUUAAUUGGAAUGGUUAUCGUGUACUCGGCGUGCUUGCUACUUCUAGAUCUAUUGGUGAUCACUACCUCAAACCAUAUGUCAUAUCUGUCCCAGAAGUCACCAUAACCUCAAGAACCGAAAGUGACGAGUUUGUGAUAUUGGCUAGUGAUGGUUUAUGGGAUGUUAUGUCAAAUGAUAUGGCUUGCAACGUAGCAAGGAAAUGUCUCGAAGGUAGGAUAGCAAGAAAGUUUGCAUCAUCGGCUUCGCCGUCAUCUUCCGAUCAUACAAGUAAUGCUGCACUCGCUGCGGCAGUUCUAGCUGAACUUGCAAUGGCCAAGGGAAGUAAAGAUAAUAUCAGUGUAGUGGUAGUCGAGUUGAAGAAACUAAACAGAUAACUAAAUAUAUAUAGUAAAUUUAGUACUGAUUAGCAUAGGAUUAUAUAUAGUUUUGUCUAGGUACUUGCCUUCUCUGUUGUUUAUGUCGUCUUCUGCUAUUUCCUUUUUUUACCAAGUUUUUCCAUAAUUGUAUUAAAAACAAAUGAGUGUACAGUGAACUUUUUAUCUGGCA